AUACGUUUAUUUUAACACGAAAACAUGGAACUCUUCGGAGCUGUAAUUUUAGCAGCCAUCGUACUGGGUUUGCUGUUUUUCUCUUUUUCUAAGAGCGACUCGAUUCGUUACACGAACAUGCCGCCAGGUCCGACUCCCUUGCCAAUAAUAGGGAACCUGCUGCAGGUGAACGGUGGGAGACCGCAUCUGAGCUUCUUAAAGAUGAGCAAAACUUAUGGCCCCGUGAUGACGGUUCACCUUGGUCAGCAGCCCGCGGUGGUUCUGGUCGGGUUCGAGGCGGUCCAUGAAGCGCUCGUGAAACAAGCGGACGCAUUCUCCGGCAGAGCGGAGAUCCCGGUAUUCAUGAAGGUCAACGAGGGAUACGGAAUAAUUUUCACUAAUGGGGAGCGCUGGAAACAGCUCCGCCGUUUUUCUCUGUCCACAUUCAGGGAUUUUGGGAUGGGGAAGAGGAGCAUUGAGGAGUGGAUACAGGAGGAAGCUCAACAUCUUGUAAAGGAAGUUCAAAAAAACAUAGGACACCCCUUUGAUCCCACUUUCUUCCUGAGUCGCGCUGUGUCUAACAUCAUCUGCUGCCUCAUAUUUGGACAGAGAUUUGAAUACCACGAUGACAACUUUCUUCAUCUCCUGUCCCUAUUAAACACAAAUGUGCGAUUAUUCAGCAACCCUUUCACUCAGCUGUUCAACAUUUUCCCAAGCCUCAUAAAAGUCAUGCCAGGCGUUUACAAUAAGAUUUUGAAUAAUGCAAAGCAGCUGAAGCAAUUUGUCUCAGAGCAAAUUGAGAAGCACAGAGAGACGCUGAUGGCUGACAGCCCUCGAGAUUACAUCGACAACUUUCUUAUCAAAAUGAAGCAGGAAAGUGGAAAUCCUUUGACAGAAUUUAAUGCAAACAACUUGUUGAUCAAUGUUGCCAAUUUCUUUUCUGCUGGAACUGAGACAACCAGCACCACUCUACGUUAUGGACUCCUAAUCCUCAUCAAAUAUCCUCACUUUCAGGAAAAGAUUCAUCAAGAGAUUGACUCUGUAAUAGGCAGGGAACGCCCUCCUUCAGUGGAAGAUCGCAAAAAUAUGCCUUUUACAGAAGCCAUGAUCCAUGAAAUCCAAAGGUUUAUCGAUCUCAUCCCCUUGAAUCUUGCCCAUGCAACCACAAGAGAUGUAAUCUUCAGGGGAUACAAUAUCCCAGCGAAGACAGUGGUGUUCCCUGUGCUCCAUUCAGUGCUGUUUGAUAAAACACACUGGGAAUCUCCUUAUACCUUCAAUCCAAGACAUUUCUUAGAUGAGAAUGAUCAGUUUAAAAUAAACCCAGCCUUUAUGCCAUUCUCAGCAGGAAAACGAAUUUGUGCCGGUGAGGGUCUGGCCCGUAUGGAACUCUUCUUGUUUUUUGUGACCCUCCUACAGAACUUUUCUUUCUCGUCAUUAAAUGACUCUGAAAAGAUCAACCUUAGCCCAUACGCCAGCUCAGUUGUAAAUGUACCCCAAGCAUACAAACUUAAUGUCCAUGCACGUUACGAAAACAUGGAACACUUCGGAACAGUAAUUUUAGCAGCCAUCGUACUGGGUCUGCUGUUUUUCUUUUUGUCUAAGAGACACUCGAUUCGUUACACAAAGAUGCCACCAGGUCCGACUCCUUUGCCAGUAAUUGGGAACCUGCUGCAGGUGGACGGUGGGAGACCGCAUCUGAGCUUCUUAAAGAUGAGCGAAACUUACGGCCCCGUGAUGACUGUUCACCUUGGUCAGCAGCCCGCGGUGGUUCUGGUUGGAUUCGAGGCAGUCCAUGAAGCGCUCGUGAAACAUGCAGACGCAUUCUCUGGCAGAGCGGAUAUUCCGAUAUUUACCAGAAUCAACGAAGGAUACGGGCUAGCUUUCACUAAUGGGGAGCGCUGGAAGCAGCUCCGCCGUUUCUCUCUCUCCACAUUCAGGGAUUUUGGUAUGGGGAAGAGGAGCAUUGAGGAGUGGAUCCAAGAGGAAGCCCGGUAUCUUGUAGAGGAAGUUCGAAAAAAUAUAGGACACCCCUUUGAUCCCACUUUCUUCUUGAGUUGUGCUGUGUCUAACAUCAUUUGCUGCAUCAUAUUUGGGCAGAGAUUUGAAUACCACAAUGAUAACUUUCUUUAUCUGCUGUCUCUACUCAAUACAAAUGUGCGAUUAUUAGGUAACCCUUUCACUCAGUUGUUCAACAUUUUCCCAAGCCUCAUAAAACUGAUGCCAGGAGUUUACAAUAUGAUUUGGAAUAAUGUUAAUUGUGUGAGGCAAUUUAUCUCAGAGCAAAUUGUGAAGCACAGAGAGACACUGAUGACUGACAGCCCUCGAGAUUACAUCGACAAUUUUCUUAUCAGAAUGAAGCAGGAAAGUGCAAAUCCUUCAACAGAGUUUAAUGAAAAAAACUUGUUGAUCAAUGUUGCCAAUAUCUUUACUGCUGGAACUGAGACAACUAGCACCACUCUACGUUAUGGACUCCUAAUCCUCAUGAAAUAUCCUCAUUAUCAGGAAAAGAUUCAUCAGGAGAUUGACUCUGUAAUUGGCAGGGAACGCCCUGCUUUUGUGGAAGAUCGUAAAAAUAUGCCUUUCACAGAAGCCAUGAUCCAUGAAAUCCAGAGGUUUAUUGAUCUCCUCCCCUUGAGUAUUGCACAUGCAACCACACAAGAUAUCAGCUUCAGAGGAUACAAUAUCCCAGCGAAGACAGUGGUGUUCCCUGUGCUACAUUCAGUGCUGUUUGAUAAGAAACAGUGGGGAUCUCCUUACACCUUCAAUCCAAGACACUUCUUAGAUGAGAAUGAUCAGUUUAAAAUAAACCCAGCCUUUAUGCCUUUCUCAGCAGGAAAAAGAAUUUGUGCUGGUGAGGGUCUGGCCCGCAUGGAGCUCUUCUUGUUUUUUGUCGCCCUACUACAGAAUUUCUCUUUUUCAUCAUCAGAGGACCCUGAAAAGAUCAAACUCAACCCACACGCCAGCUCAUUUGUAAAUACUCCCCAGGCAUAUAAACUCUAUGUCCAUGAACGUUAGGAAUAAAAGACUAUUAAAAUGUAAAUAUUUAUGAAUUAAGUGAAUAAAUUAACCUAGCUCUGGGUGAACUAAAAUAUUAAAAAAUAACCUAGGUGAUUAUAUUUGUCAAAUAGCUUAAAAGUACAUUGAGGAUCAUCUUGGGUACUGUCUAAUGUGAUUGUGGAUUUUCCCUCGUGGUCAAUAAAAAAAAAAAACUCUUA